UCUGUGCGAUAAAUCGAGACGGAUUUUUUCAUCAGCAAUCAUGGCCGACGUGGGCAAUUCGGAUGCUGUGUCAGUUCCAGCUUUCGCUGUAACAGCUGCAGUUGGGGCAGUGAUUAUUUUGAUUAUGCUAGUCUGUAAUGUAGGAAAAGGAAACAAACAGAAAUCGGAGAGCGAAGAGAAAGAAAACGAAGAGAAAACCACAAAGAAUGAAAAGACUGAAAAACAUGGAAAGAAAACAAAAGCACAAAAAAUGGUGAAAAAGUCGCACAGCGUACAAUUUUCUCAUCCAUGGCUGGCAUGUAACCUGAAAGGGCACAGUGGACGGAUAUUAUCCAUGGACCUUAGUCCCAAUGGAAAAUACCUCAUCACAGCUAGUGAUGACAGAACUGUUAUGAUCUGGAAUACCAAAGAAUUUUCUCAAAAAGAACACAAAUCAGUGCGGGGGAAUGUGGAGUAUGACCAUGCAACUAGAGUUAAAUACAGUCCAGAUUCCAAAGCAUUUGUCUGCAGCCUAUCAAAUGAAAACACUGUAAGAAUAUUCCGUAUUGGAAAAAAAGACACUGGAGGUAUAGGAAAUAUCACCGCAGCCUUCGAUUUUGAAAAGAAACAUUCAGCGGAUAUUAUCUACAUAGGAAUCGCCAGCAAUGGCAAGUUCAUCAUGACGUGUAGCAGUGACACUACAAUCAUGAUUUGGUCCAUUAAAGGUGAUGUGUUCGACUCUAUAGACACCAGGCAGAUGAAUAAUUCCUUUGGGGCGGUGUCUCCUUGUGGCAGAUUUAUUGCAUCAUCAGGUUUCACGCCUGAUGUUAAAGUAUGGGAAGUGGGAUUUGACAAGGCAGGGAACUACACAGGCUGUAAGAGGGCCUUUGAGUUGAAAGGUCAUUCAGCAGGAGUGUAUAGCUUCAGUUUCAAUGGGGACUCUAGUCGAAUGGUGUCAGUCUCUAAAGAUAGAACGUGGAAGUAUUGGAACACUGACAUAAGAUAUGAUAUGGGACAGGAUCCUUACCUUUUAAAAACUGGAAGCAUAGAAUUUACGUCCCCUUGUUUGGUUGCCCUCUCACCAGAUGGCAGAAGUGUUGCAAUCGCCAAUGAAAGUACUAUUAGUGUUCAUAAUGCCAUAUCAGGAGAGCAGGAGGAAAAAAUGUCUAAUGUGUUUUCAGGGGAAGUAACUGACUUGUCAUUCGACUUGACCAAUAAGUAUAUUUUGUGUAGUGGCGAUAGACAUGUCUCCGUGUUCAACAAUGUCACUGGUUAUAGAGCUUCUGUUGACGAUCUUCUAGAAAAAGUUAAAUCUGCCAACACUCAGGCACAGAAGGAAAGAAUUCGACAGCAAAUCAGCGACGCACAGGAGGCUUUAAACAACAUAUUAGGACAGUCUAAUGGACACGCAGGAGGCCAAAAAGCCUAAAGGAAGAUACACACCAAAUCUGAGAUGUUCCAAGGAUGUCCGACAUCAUUUUCACAAGAAAUAUUGGCAGCAUCUUCUGAAGUGCCACUGUUUACAACUUUACACUUUGUCAAAUUACAUGACAUUUUUAUUUUUAUUAAAGAUUAAUUUUC